CGCGAGGUCUGCACUUUGUACCAAAACACUUAAACAUUGCACUUUCUACGAUGUGAAAUCGAGCUUACAUUUACGUUUGAUAACCAAAUAAGCCUUUGACAUUUGUUUGGAUUUGACUAAAAUGCUCUGGCGGACGUGGUUCCUGUUUGGCAGCCUCUGUAUUAUACUUGUGGCCGCGAGAGUGUACGUCGUGCUGCACCGCGAUGUUCCUGCCGGGAUCCAGCAUCCGGAUGUGGUACGCUGGCUAGACGAGGCGGGCAGAGCCGCGAAUGUGGUCGUGAAAGUGAGCCACCAGCUGGGCGUCGAACUCGCCACAUGGCCUGUGAAAAUGGUCGUUAAUGCAGCUGCUCGCCUUAUACUUGGUGGUUUUCAUGAGAACUUGUUUAAUAUCACUAUCCGCCACACGACGGUGGACAACGUGCCGGUGAAGAUUUUUCUACCAGACAGUGCCCCGUCUACCGGUCCUGUUCCCACAAUGGUGUACUUUCACGGCGGGGGGUGGACGUGGCUCUCUGUCGGUGUGUAUUCCGGCUUUCUGGCUCAUUUUGCAAAACUUUCAGGAUUACAGAUCAUAGCUGUAGAUUACAGAAAAGCUCCACAAUAUUCCUUUCCGGUUCCGCUACAAGACUGUCUGACAGCGACGACGGGUUUAGAAAAACGUGCAAACGACUUUCGAAUUUUGGCGGGAAAACUAAUCGUGGCGGGCGACGGAGCUGGUGGAAAUUUAGCAGCCGCCGUUGCGUAUUCGAUGAAUGACAAAAUUGCGAUGCAAGUUCUUAUAAAUCCGGCUUUGCAAAUAUUUGAUUUCGAAACAUCUUCGUAUAAGGAAACAGCCGAAAAUUUGCCUGGAUUGUCGUCUGCGUUCAGGAACGUGUACCAUUGGUUGUCGUAUGGUGGAAUUUCGAAGGACUAUUUGCAGUUUGCGAUUCAGAACAAGCACCUGUCGCAAAAGAUUCGACAAUCGGAGUUUGCGUCAUUCGUAGACAGGAAACUUUAUCUUCCCGAAAACAAGAUGGUGUCACGUAAAAGAGCUGGUGCCAAUUUUAUUGUCACGUCUGCUUUUGACGCUAUUGCAACAAACGCGCUUUACUCUCCAAUGAUGAACGAUGAUUUAACGCGACUGCCUACGUUAUAUAUGGUGACGUCACAAUAUGAUGCAUAUAGAGACGAAGGGAUCAUGUAUGCGGAAAGACUUCGUAAGGCGCGGGCUAUUUUUCGUCAUAAACAUUAUACGGGCUCUUUCCACGGGGAUGUUCUCUUGUCAGGAUAUGGUCCCUUGACAUUUGACAUUGGGCGCCUCAUUUUAGAAGAUUUGAAUAAAGACAUAAAUUCUUAUUUAGUAACAUAAUUACACUCACACAUUACAUGCAUUAAUUAAUUUAUAAACGUAGAUAAUAUUUGUUUUAGUUCUAAAUAUUAAAUAUAAAAAUAUAUCGCUUUACUUAUUUGCGAAGUAUAUUUUCAGUAUACAAAUUGAGGCAUUUUCAUCUCGCGCAUUUGUAUGAGAAUUUAACAAAAUGCAAAUUUAACAAGAGUGAAUGGUGAAACAGCGUGUAAGUAAAAUAAAAAAUAAAAAAUUGUAUCUGCAUUUUCUUUCUUUAAUGAUUAUACAAUUCAUAUAUAAAUAGUUUCAUUGAAAAGUGGUGUUAUUAUUCAACGCUUUCAUUGAUUGUUUUGUUUGAAACAAUAAUUAAAGUGGUGCACAUUUCACUGUUAACAUUCUCUUUGAAUCUCUCCUCGAUCAAAUGCUUAUCAAGAUGUUAGCCUUCUUAACUUGAAAAAUUAAGGAACUGUAAAACGACUUCAAUCCUGCCGGUGCGCUUGAACGAUAAUAUCAUACCAUGACGAAUGAUCACUUACAUUUCUGUAACACUCACUUGAGUUCACUUGUAUGCAUGAAACGUAAUACUUUGAAGCGUCCUACCAUAGCCGACUAUGUACAAUAAGACGACAACGAUAGCUGAUCUGUAGAAAUCGAUCACAUUAUUCUACAAUAACAUAGUUUUUAUAGGAUAUAAUCCGAAAUGGGGGUAAGUUUUGUUUUACUUACUUAGUCUACAUGAAAGUGUAAAAGCAUUAAAGGGAUCUUUUCACGGUUUGGUAAAUUGAAAAAAUUGAAAAAAGUUGUUUCAGAUUCGCAAAUUUUCGUUUUAGUUAUGAUAUUUGUGAGGAAACAGUAAUACUGAACAUUUACCAUGGUCUAAUAUAGCCAUUAUAUGCAUUUUUUGACGAUUUUAAAACCUAAAAAUUAUAAAGCGUUGCAACGCGAAACGAUUGAAUAAUUUGGAGAGUUCUGUUUUUGUCGUUAAAUUUUGUGAAACUACGAAGAUUGCUUAUAUUAGGUAUAAAAUACGUUAAGUAUGCGUACUUGGCGGAAUAGCUCAGUAGGCUAAAGCGUUUUUACUUCAGGACUCUGGCAGGACUCCAGGGGUCACUGGUUCGAAACCUGGUCCGGGCAAUGUUCUUUUCCUUUUUUAAAUUUUAUUCUUGAUUUUUUACUGGAGCUUUUACGAUCCAAUGUUUACAUUUAUCGAUAUAAAGCAUUUAAUGAAUAAGUUAAAAAAUGCCAAAAUCUGUGAAAAGGCCCCUUUAAAAGCAAAUGGCAAUUUGUAUGAAAAUAAGUAAACACAUUUUAAAGGGGAGAUGAUCAAAGUGCAAUUACAUUUUUAUAACCUACACAUAUAUUUUUUUGUAAACUUCAUUCGUUCUGUCGUUUUAAAUUCCAAUAUAAAUAAUAACAAAGAAUGUAACAGCUGAUUAUCGCUAAUGCAAUGCCGUUUAAGAUUACAUGUAUAUGUAUCAACCAUUCGCUCAUUGUCUUAAGGGCCAUCAUUAGCGAACCGGAUUUUGAAUCGAUUAGCUCUGACAUUUACGUCACGAUAUUUAAUCCAAUAUCGUCUAAUUAAAACAAGCGAGUCCACCGUGUUGAGAUUUUUUCUUCAGUUAAUUGAUAUAUAUUUAGGCAAUGAUGUUUUGUUAUUUUGUAAACCCAACUCGUGUGACUGGGUUUUCAACUCUGUCAGCCGAAAGACACUCUGUCAGCCGAAAGACAGAGAAAUACGAAAAAUUUGAGAUAAACACAUGUGAAAAGUAACCAAAUGAAUAAUGUGGGAAUUUGAUGGAUUUGUUUGUGAACAACUGCUAGUUUAAAUUCAUUAAUAUACAUCUCAGAAAUUUCCUCUGCCCUUAAAAUGAUAAUUUGAUAUACAUUGAAAUUCAUUGUAAAAUAUGUGUAUACCUUUCUUAAUGUGCAAAGUCAUGUGCAAAUAAUUAAGAAAAAAAUGUCUUAAUGAUAUUUUUUGUUAAAUUUUGAUAGUUUAGUAUUGCAUGUGUAUACAAUUUUAAUCAAUAUCAUAGUAUAUUAACUAAUACGAACGUUCAAAUUUGUUUCAUUUGACAUGCAUGUGCUUGUCUGUUAUUAAGUUAUUUUUUUUUUUUAAUUCAAUAUAAUACAUACAAUGUAUACAUGAAUAUAUACAACAUAGUGAUUGUACAAAGCAAUAAAGUUCAGACAUGUUAUACAAGAUAUGCUAAUAUGUAUUUUUUUUUAAAGAGAAAAGAAAAAAAUAAUAGAAGAAUUGUUAUGAAAAAUGAUGAGUUGUAUAAAGUCGGAAGAAAGCAUACUGGACUUGUGUGUUUCGUUGUAUAUUCAAGAUGAUCUUAUAAGAUUGAAAAAAAAACAUACAAAAAUAUUUUAGAAAGAUAACUUACAUUAGAGUGAAAUGUAUAUAAGUGGACAAGCAUCAUGAGAAUUUAAUCCGAUUCCAUUUUUGUUCAAAGUUUUGUAAUGUGUCAUUACUGAGGGCUAUUUCUUUCUCAAUCUGGAUUUUAAGUUUAAGACUAUGUAUAAAACAAUUAAAAUUUGGUACUUGUUUUUUGAACUUCAUGUUAAAGAUGAACAAUUUCAUCAUUAUAAGAAUAAAAUUCACAAUAUUAUUACAAUCUUUUGAUUUCAAUGAGUAAAUUCCGAAACUUACAUUUAAGAAAGAUAAUUUAACGUUUAGUUGCUGUUGUUCAAGAAAAGAUGUUAAAUGAUUCCAAAUAGGCUGGAUGUGUUUGCACUCCCAAAACUGGUGUUCUAUAGUUUCGAUGUUUUCACUGCAGAAGUCACACAGAUUUGAGUUAGAUAAUUUGCAUUUAAAGAGGUAUUUAUUUGUAGCUAUAAUUCUAUGUAUGUAUUUAUAUUGAAAAUUUCUCAGAGUGCUUUCAAUAGUUGCUUUAUAUGACAUGGUAAAUAUGUGUUUCCAAUUAAGUUCAUGUACUCCGAAAAGGACUUGCCAUUUAUUUUGGGUUUUUGAGUUUUCUGUAGGGUUUUUAAUUUGUAGUGUGUAAAAUAUUUUAUUUGUUUUGUUUUUUCUUCCAAGUAUAUUUUCUACGAAUGUUGUUUGAGUACAUGGUGUAUUAUUUGUAUUGAUUUCAGAUUUAAUAUGUAUGGGUAUGCUUUUGAUUAAUGUGUAGUACUUCAGAAAAUUAUUUGAAGGUAUUCUGUAUAUGUAGCAUAUAUCAUUAAAAGAGUAGAAAUCCUUAAUUCUGUAGUCAUAUAAUUGGUCGACAUAUUUAAUGCUUCGUUCAAACCAAUCUUUAUAGAAAAACGUCUUAUUGUUUGAAGUUAUGUCUUUAUUGUUCCAUAGAAUAUUUUUACUGCUUGUUUGGGUUUCUAGGUUAUGCGUGACAUCACACCAUGCUUAUAGAACAUCAGACAGAAAUAUGUUUUCGUUUGCAAUUUCAUGUAAGAUAGAUUUGCUGAUGUUACAUUCAAAGAGUAAGGAGUCACCAUAUUUUUUUAGGAUUUUCUGAUAGAAUAAUUUCCAUUUACUUGUAUUGGCAUUGUCUAGGUAUCUUUUAACCCAGCUGCAUUUGAUUGCAUUCAAGAAUGAGUCAAUGUUCGUUAAUUGGAUACCUCCAUUUUCUACAGAUUGAAUUAACUGAGUUCGUUUUAUUUUAUCAGGCUUACCGUCCCAUAUGAAAUUAAAUAUUGCUGAUUUUAUAUCGUUAAUAAUAUCAUUUGGUGGAUUUGGGAGGACUGUUAAUACAUAAAUUAAUUUAGGAAGUGCAAACGUUUUCAAUACUGUAUUUUUUCCGAUAAGUGUAAGUUUACGGUGAUGCCAUGAUUUUAAGCAGUUUUUAAAAUUCUGUAAUUUAGGUAGUAUGUUUUUAAGAACUGUAUCUUUUUCAUUAUUUGUGAAAGUAAUUCCUAACGUUGUGGCUUCAUCGGAUGUCCAAUUAAAUUUCAUUUCUUUUUUAUAUAGGACAUUACUUUGUUUUAAUUUACCUGCUCGUAGCACAGUACAUUUACUUUUGUUUAGUUUCAGACCCGAUGUCAUUCCGUAAAGGGUUAGCGAUUCUAUUAGGUUAUGGAAAGAAUCGUAAUUGUCGUUUAAAAAAUAAGUUGCAUCGUCAGCAAAUAGGGACUGUUUGAUUUCUUCGUCAGGUUCUAGUGAUAUGCCUUUUAUGUGUUUAUUUGAUUGGAUGUGAUGUGAUAGAUACUCGAUGCAGAUAAUAAAUAGCGAUGAUGAGAGUGGACAUCCUUGUCGAACCCCUCGUUCGAUGUUAAAACUGUUUGAAAAGAAGCCAUUGUUAAUGAUUAAACUGUUAAUAUCGGUAUAGAAUAGUUUGACCCAUUGAAUGAGACUUUCACCAAAGUUCAUAUUUUCUAAGCAAGAGAACAUAAAUGAAUGGUCAAGCGAAUCGAAUGCCUUUUCGAAGUCUGCAAAGAAUAUUAGACCAGGAUUAUUUGAAUUGUUGAAAUAGUUUAUGCAUUCUUGGAUAAGACGAACGUUUUCACCAAUGUAACGUCCCUUUAUGAAACCAGAUUGAGAUCUUGAAAUGAUUGCUGGUAAUACUUUUUUUAUUCUGUUUGCUAUACUUUUAGUUGCAAUUUUAUAAUCAUUGUUUAGUACACUAAUCGGGCGCCAGUUUGAUAAGGAUUCUAAGUUUUUUCCAGGUUUUGGAAUAAGUGAUAUAAUACCUUGUUUUUGUAGCGUAGUUAAGUUUUCGUUGUUAAAUGAAUAGUUUAGUGAAUUAAUUAGAUGUGUUUUUAUAUCAUUCCAGAAUAUUUUAUAAAAUUCGAUUGUGAUGCCAUCAGAUCCUGGGCUUUUGUUAUUUUGCAUAUCUUUUAGGGCUAAUCCACAUUCAUAUUCAUUAAGCAAUCCGUCGCACAGUUGUUUUUCCUCUUCGUUUAAAGCAUGAUGUGUAUUUUUAAAAAGGGUGUUAUUUUCAACAUGUUUUCGUUUAUAGAGGGUUUCGAAAAAUAAACGUUGUUCUUCUAG